AUGGGCAAGAAGCAGAACAAGAACCAGGAGCAGGCCGUCGACCUCACCAACGCAGGCCCCAAGGACUGCGGCGUGAUCUUCGACAGCUCUGAUGCGGUCUUGGACGAGGCCAAGAAGAUGGUCCGUCUCAACCAUGUCUCCAAGCCCUGGACUCGCGAGUCCUGGGAGAAGGCUAGGCCCUUCAUCCUCGAGCAGCGCCAGAAGCUCGAGACCUCUGGCUGGGCGGGCACCGACUCGGCCCGUACCGAGCUCUACGUGCUCCGCCGCAACGCUCCCCACGGCGCCUUCACCGAGGACGGCUUCAUGUACAUCAGGAUCCCCAAGAAGUUUAUCGACUUCCACCGAUCCAGCCGCUCCGCGGACGAGGAGAAGACCGAGGAGAACGACGACGGCAAGCAGCGCAAGACGCUCCGCCGCCGCAAGGAGAACGCCCCGUCGUACAAGCUCGACAACGAGUUCAUCUGGAAGGUGCGCGUCGACGGCGACGGCGACAACAGCGACCGAGACCCCAACGUCAUCCUCGACACGCCCGAGCCAUUGGAGAACAUCUUCUACCUCGUGCAAUGUCUGUCGCCCGGCAUGGCCCGCCUCGAGUACAACCGCAAGGACGCCAUGCAGCCCAACACCAAGCAGUCUGACCUCCGCGACGACCCAGAGGCCCCGGCAAUGCGUCACCGCGCCGUGUUUGCCGCCAGCGAGAAGAUGAUGCGCACCCUCCCUCCCGUCUUCUGGAUGAAGAAGAACGAGAUCGAGCUCCGCAAGAUCCUGGGUGCCGAGGCCUUCGAGGCUACCAUGCGCGCUGCUCAGGAGCCUGCCCGCUCGCACACCCGCGACGUCAAGGGCCUCAACGAGAAGGUCUGGGAAGAGGCUCUGCCGCCCCGCGCCGAGUCGGACAAGAAGAAGAGCAGGAAGGCAAAGGCGCCGAAGGUCUCGAACGCGGUUGCGGCAAGUGCAUGA